CUAAAGACAGAGCCAGUGCUGGGUAGUGUGAUGGAUGGGAUCAACAUUAAGAGUCUGGAGGAGAGAUCUGAGGGUGACGUGGCCAGCCCAUCCUCUACUGGCACACAGGUAACAGGUUACACUACAGUACACACAACACACACAACCACAGUUAACACUACACUCACUACACACACACAAAUAACACACAACCACAGGUAACACUACGCUCAUUACACACGGCACACACACGACACACACAUAACACACAAGCAAUAGGUUACACUACACUACACACAACACACACACAACCAGGGGUUAAAAUAAGCCAGUAUGGUAUGGUACGGUGUCCCGGCAAAAUAAAUAGUUGAGCCUAUCACAAUAAUUAAAAUGAAAUUCCAAGAAAGCUAUAGGCAAUUACACCAUUAUUUAACAUUACCACAUGUCAGCUGCAUGAAAAUGAGCGAAUUUACUUGAAAACGGGCGGUAUACCCUCCAAAUUGUGUUGUGGUUUGGUGAGAACACUAACAGAGUUAGACAAAUUGCCGAGACCGAGACACGCGUGUACAGCAGUGGACGCAUCAAUCGCUAAAUUUCAUUACAAUUUCAGGUUUUUUGUUACAGAUGUAUCUUUCCAUUCAUCAAUUUGCGGGUGCACAGUGCACUGUUUGGAUGCUGGAUUUAUUUUGUGAGUGGAAAAACGUGUGCGGGUAGCCAACAGGAGCGACCUUUUGAAGUGAUUGUUUGACAAUCAGAUGAAAACAUCAUGAUUGGUUGUGUUUAUGCCACAUUAAAGGUAAUACAUGAUAAAAGUUAUAUGAUACAUUUUUACUAGGCCUACUAGGCCCACGGAGAUUAGAUAAAUAAAUAAAUAAACUAAAUCAAUGAGGAUUCUAUAUGUAAUUCUAUGAUUAGACCCAUGAAAUAUUUGUAAAAAAUAGUAGGUCCCAUACUGAUACAGACACACCGAGAAAUCUGACUGCAGAUAGGUACUUAGCACAAUAAGAGGCCAUUCCUUCUCUUGCUAGAACAAAAGCUGUCUCUGCUGUGUACUGACCUGGUACCAACGAUCCUGCCAUUUAUACUUGUAGAAUCGCAAUGCUCGUCAGUGGCCAAGAGCUUGACUUUGAGCCAAUCAGAGAGCACAAACCUCCAUGUGGGGGAGCCGACAGAAGAGACAAGAAAAAUGAAAAAAAAUAGGGCACAUUGCCCAGUGUAAUCCACCCCCUUUUCAUCCGCAUUGUUCUUACUAAAACAAUAAAGCUGCAUAAAACAUAUUUUUAUUAUUUUGUUAGGUUCAAUUUGAUAAUAUGCACCUGCUCAUUAGUUAGCAAGCUAACUAGUUAACGUUAGCUUGCUAACUGAGCCAGGAAGUCACACACACUUCAUAUGUAACGAAUGGGGUGGUAAGUGCAGCACAAUGCACACAACACUACAUGUUUGUCUUUAUCAAGCUAUCUUUCUAGCAAGAUGAUGAAUCAUUGAAUUCACUUUCCAUUAUUCCAUACUGCCAAUGCCAGUUCGCUUGCUAGCUAACGUUAGCUAAACGGUUAGCACAACAUAGCUAGCACAACAUAACUAGCUAGCUACUCCACCGACUCUCGACAGCUAACAGGCAGCUGCUUUAUUCAAAAACAAAUCCAUUGUGAUUUAAUUAUAAUGUUGCUACCUACGCUAGUUAUUUAGUUGUGGCCAUCUGGUUAGUAUCAACAACGGCUUACUACAAAUUCUAGUUAGCUAGCAACAACAUUAACGCAGCUUGCUAGUUAGCUUACAUUAGCUACAGCAGGCACAAGUCAAACAAGCUACUGCCACCUUGUGGCCUGGAGUAUUUAAGCGAAGCAAAUCAGAGGUAAACUGUUCUAUGUGAACAACAAAAACUUAACUGCCACACUCUGGGCAGAGGUGCUAAGUACCUAUCGGCAGUCAGAUUUCUCGGUGUGUCUGACCCUUAAGAAAUUAAAUCUACUUUCACCCCUGCACACAAAACACACACACACAACACACACACUUUGAAAAGAAGGUUGACAACAUCCGCUCCUCAUUCACUCAGCCUAUUGAGUCCACUGGUCCCACUCGAACAGAUCUACCCUACGCCUUGAUCUCUUUCUCCCCUCUAUCUCCAAGGGGAAAUCCUGCAACUAGUGAGGUCCUGCCGCCCGACAUCCUGCCCGCUCAGCCCCAUCCCCUCCUCCCUUCUCCAGACCAUCUCUGGAGACCUUCAAUUCCUCACUUCCCUCAUCAACUCAUCCCUGACCACUGGCUGCGUCCCCUCUGACUUCAAAAUGGCUAGAGUCACUCCCCUCCUCAAUAAACAAACACUCAACCCCUCUGAUGUAAAAAACGACCCCUCUUUUCUUUCCAAAACACUUGAGCAUGCUGUUUCUGACAACUGUCUCACUAUCUCUCUCAGAACGAUCUUCUUGGCCCUAACUAGUCAGGGUUCAAGACUCAACCAAGACUGCUCUCCUCUGUGUCACGGAGGCUCUCUGCACUGCCUAAGCUGACACUCUCUCCUCUGUUCUCAUCCUCCUAGAUCUAUCCGCUGCCUUCGGCAUCGUGAACCAUCAUGUCCUCCUCUCCACCCUCUCAGGGCUGGGCGUCUCAGGCUCGGCACACUGUUCGAUUGCAUCCUACCUGGCAGGCUGCUCCUACCAGGUGAUGUGGAGAGGAUCUGUGUCUGCACCACAUAAUCUCACUACUGGUGUCCCCGGGGCUCGGUUCUAGGCCCUCUCCUCUUCUCUCUAUGCCCCAAGUCACUCGGAUCCGUCAUGUCCUCACAUGGUCUCUCCUAUCACUGCUAUUUGGAUGACACUCAAUUUAUUUUCUCCUUCCCCCUUCUCACACCCAGGUGGCGUGCCUGGCAGAUAUCUCAGCUUGGAUGUCGGCACCCCACCUCAAGCUCAACCUCGACAAGACGGGGCUGCUCUUCCUCCCGGGGGAAGGCCCGCCCGCUCCAAGACCUCUCCAUCAUGGUUGACAACUCUACGGUGUCCCUCUCCCAGAAUGCAAAGAACCUUGGCGUGACCCUGGACAACAUCAAAGUAGAGACUUGCUCCUGCAGGUUCAUGCUCUACAAAAUCUGUAGAGUAAGACCCUACCUCACACAGGAAGCGGCGCAGGCCCUAAUCCAGGCAAUUGUAAUCUCCCGUCUGGACUACUGCAACUCUCUGUUGGCUGGGCUCCCCGCUUGUGCCAUCAAACCCCUAUAACUUAUCCAGAACAUUGCAGCCCGCCUGGUGAUCAACCUUCCCAAGUUCUUCCAUGUCACUCCGCUCCUCCGCACCCUCCACUGGCUUCCAGUCGAAGCUUGCAUCCACUACAAGACCAUGGUACUUGCCUAUGGAGCAGCAAGAGGAACUGCCCCUCCCUACCUUUAGGCUAUGCUCAAACACCAAACCCCAACCCCAGUACUCCGUUCUGCCACCUCUGGUCUCUUGGCCCUCCCACACCUAUGGGAGGGCAGCUCCCGCUUAGCCCAGUCAAAGCUCUUCUCUGUCCUGGAAAUGGUGGAACCAGCUUCCCCCUAAAGCUAGGGUAGCAAAGUCCAUGCGUAUCUUCCGAAAACAUCUCAAACCCUACUUCUUUAAAGAGUAUCUAAAAUUAAAGAUGAAUGCACAAACUGUAAGUCACUCUGUAUAAAAGCUGCUAAAAUCUGCUUAAUUACUAAAAUUUAAAUUUUAAAUAUAGAACAUAACACACAGGUAACAGAUUACACUACACACUCAACCACACAAUCACACAUGGCAACACUCAAUCACAACUUUUAAACAUAGUACCAUUUUGCUAACAAUAUGUGUGAGAUUGUCAGAGUGGGAGAGUGUGAAAGAGCGAGAGAGAUUGUGGGUAUGCGCCUGCAUGUGUUUAUGUGCUAUGUGUUUCAACUAUGUACAGUGAGGGAAAAAAGUAUUUGAUCCCCUGCUGAUUUUGUACGUUUGCCCACUGACAAAGACAUGAUCAGUCUAUAAUUUUAAUGGUAGGUUUAUUUGAACAGUGAGAGACAGAAUAACAACAAAAAAAUCCAGAAAAACACAUGUAAAAAAUGUUAUAAAUUGAUUUGCAUUUUAAUGAGGGAAAUAAGUAUUUGACCCCUCUGCAAAACAUGAUUUAGUACUUGGUGGCAAAACCCUUGUUGGCAAUCACAGAGGUCAGACGUUUCUUGUAGUUGGCCACCAGGUUUGCACACAUCUCAGGAGGGAUUUUGUCCCACUCCUCUUUGCAGAUCUUCUCCAAGUCAUUAAGGUUUCGAGGCUGACGUUUGGCAACGAACCUUCAGCUCCCUCCACAGAUUUUCUAUGGGAUUAAGGUCUGGAGACUGGCUAGGCCACUCCAGGACCUUAAUGUGCUUCUUCUUGGGCCACUCCUUUGUUGCCUUGGCCGUGUGUUUUGGGUCAUUGUCAUGCUGGAAUACCCAUCCACGACCCAUUUUCAAUGCCCUGGCUGAGGGAAGGAGGUUCUCACCCAAGAUUUGACGGUACAUGGCCCCGUCCAUCGUCCCUUUAAUGCGGUGAAGUUGUACUGUCCCCUUAGCAGAAAAACACCCCCAAAGCAUAAUGUUUCCACCUCCAUGUUUGACGUGGGGAUGGUGUUCUUGGGGUCAUAGGCAGCAUUCCUCCUCCUCCAAACACGGCGAGUUGAGUUGAUGCCAAAGACCUCGAUUUUGGUCUCAUCUGACCACAACACUUUCACCCAGUUCUCCUCUGAAUCAUCCAGAUGUUCAUUGGCAAACUUCAGACGGGCCUGCAUAUGUGCUCUCUUGAGCAGGGGGACCUUGCGGGCGCUGCAGGAUUUCAGUCCUUCACGGCGUAGUGUGUUACCAAUUGUUUUCUUGGUGACUAUGGUCCCAGCUGCCUUGAGAUCAUUGACAAGAUCCUCCCGUGUAGUUCUAGGCUGAUUCCUCACCGUUCUCAUGAUCAUUGCAACUCCACGAGGUGAGAUCUUGCAUGGAGCCCCAGGCUGAGGGAGAUUGACAGUUAUUUUGUGUUUCUUCCAUUUGCGAAUAAUCGCACCAACUGUUGUCACCUUCUCACCAAGCUGCUUGGCGAUGGUCUUGUAGCCCAUUCCAGCCUUGUGUAGGUCUACAAUCUUGUCCCUGACAUCCUUGGAGAGCUCUUUGGUCUUGGCCAUGGUGGAGAGUUUGGAAUCUGAUUGAUUGAUUGCUUCUGUGGACAGGUGUAUUUUAUACAGGAAACAAACUGAGAUUAGGAGCACUCCCUUUAAGAGUGUGCUCCUAAUCUCAGCUCGUUACCUGUAUAAAAGACACCUGGGAGCCAGAAAUCUUUCUGAUUGAGAGGGGGUCAAAUACUUAUUUCCCUCAUAAAAAUGCAAAUCAAUUUAUAACAUUUUUGACAUGCGUUUUUCUUGAUUUUUUUGUUGUUAUUCUGUCUCUCACUGUUCAAAUAAACCUACCAUUAAAAUUAUAGACUGAUCAUGUCUUUGUCAGUGGGCAAACGUACAAAAUCAGCAGGGGAUCAAAUACUUUUUUCCCUCACUGUAUUUAAUGUUGCUCAUCUGAGAACUGCCCAUGUACUUCCUGUUGUGUUGAACCCUGACUUCUAACCAAUGACCCCUGACCAUUGACCUCUACCCAGGAUCCUCUGAUGGGUCUCCUGGAGGGGCGGGAGGAUCUGGAUAAGGAGGAUAAACCGGAGCCAGAGGCCAUCUAUGAAACCAACUGCCACUGGGAGAGCUGCAGCAAGGAGUUUGACACGCAGGAGCAGCUAGUCCACGUGAGUAGGGACAGGAGGUUUUCCUGACUACGUGACUUGGCCUGGAUAAACUCUGGGCCCCCGGCACUAGUUAGGGCCCAGAGUUUUUCUGGUCAGGUCAUGAGCAAAAAGUAUUGGCCUUACAUAUACACACUGUAUGCGAGAAGGGAAAGGAGGGGAAAGGUUGGGAACCGUUGGUUUGAGUUAGUCUAGAGUAGCGGUUUCCAACUAUGGUCCUGGAGAGCCACACAAAACACAGGAUCCGUGUAAAGACUCUUAUCAACAUUACAAUGACAAUAAAAUCUCUCUGUCUUCCACAGCACAUAAACAACGAGCACAUCCAUGGAGAGAAGAAGGAGUUUGUGUGCCACUGGCAGGAGUGUUCCAGGGAGCAAAGACCUUUCAAGGCCCAGUACAUGCUGGUGGUUCACAUGCGCAGGCACACAGGAGAGAAACCGCAUAAGUGUACUGUGAGUAUACUACAGUAUUCUGAUCGCUCUCUCUCAAACUGAGCUUUGAAAUGGACUGUUAUAUGAAUUCAAAUUCAGUUUAGAAUCAAAUUUCAAAUUCAUAAAAUAAUUUCAAAAAUCAUUUUGAGAGAGAGGUACAGUAUAGGUAGUAUACUCACAGUGCAUGUAUGUGGCUUUAAUCGAAAUGCGCUACCUGACAGUGAUUACAUCAGACCUUGUCUUUCAGUCUACAUUACGUAUUGGUAUUUGUACAGUACGUGUGGUUCAGUUUGAGCAGGUUAACAAGACAUUUUGUGUCUGUGUUUCAGUUUGAGCUGUGUUAUAAUGCGUUAUGUGUGUUUCAGUUUGAGGGAUGUAAUAAGAUGUGCAUCUAUUGUUUCAGUUUGAGGGGUAUUAUACAAUGCAUUCAGAAAUUAUUCAGACCCCUUGACUUUUUCCACAUUUUGUUACAUUACAGCCUUAUUCUAAAAUGGAUUAAAUUGUUUUUUCCCCCUCAUCAAUCUACACACAAUACCCCAUAAUGACAAAGCAAAAUCAGUUUUUUUGACAUUUUUGCAAAUGUAUUAAAAAUGAAAAAUAAACUGAAAUAUUAUAUUUACAUAAGUAUUCAGACAAUGUACUCAGUACCAGUGGUGUAAAGUACUUAAGUAAAAAUACUUUAAAGUACUACAUAAGUGGUUUCUUUGGGGUAUCUAUACUUUACUUUACUAUUUAUAUUUUUGCCAACUUUUACUUUUACUUCACUACAUUCCUAAAUAAAAUAUUAUUCCAUACAUUUUCCCUGACAGCCAAAAGUACUCGUUACAUUUUGACACGAAAAUUGUCCAAUUCACACACUUAUCAAGAGAAUGUCCCUGGUCAUCACUACUACCUCUGAUCUGGCGGACUCACUAAACACACAUGCUUAGUUUGUAAAUUAUGCCUGAGUGUUAGAAUGUGCCCCUGGCUAUCAGUCAAUAAAAUAAAUAAAAUAAAAUGGUGACGUCUGGUUUGCUUAAUAUAAGGAAUUUUAUAUGGUUUAUACUUUUACUUUUGAUACUUAAGUAUAUUUAAAACCAAAUACAAUUUGUAAGUCGCUCUGGAUAAGAGCAUCUGCUAAAUGACGUAAAUGUAAAUGUAAUUGUAAAUACUUUUAGACUUUUACUCAAGUAGUAUUUUACUGGGUGACUUUCACUUUUACUUAGUCAUUUUCUAAUACGGUAUUUUUACUUUUUAGUCAAGUAUGACAAUUGAGUACUUUUUCAACCACUGCUCAGUACUUUGUUGAAGCACCUUUGGCAGUGAUUACAGCCUCAAGUCUUCUUGGGUAUGACGCUACAAGCUUGGCACACCUGUAUUUGGGGAGUUUCUCCCAUUCUGAGGUCCUGAGUGCUCUGGAGAAGGUUUUCAUCAAGGAUCUCUCUGUACUUUGCUCCGUUCAUCUUUCCCUAGAUCCUGACUAGUCUCCCAGUCCCUGCCGCUGAAAAACAUCCCUAUAGCAUGAUGCUGCAACCACCAUGUUUCACCAUAGGGAUUGUGCCAGGUUUCCUCCAGACGUGACGCUUGGCAUUCAGGUCAAAGAGUUCAAUCUUUGUUUCAUCAGACCAGAGAAUCUUGUUUCGCAUGGUCUGGGAGUCCUUUAGGUGGCUUUUGGCAAACUCCCAAGUGGGCUGUCAUGUGCCUAUUUCUGAGAACUGGCUUCCGUCUGGCCACUCUACCAUAAAGGCCUGAUUGGUGGAGUGCUGCAAAGAUGGUUGUCCUUCUGGAAGGUUCUCCCAUCUCCACAGAGGAACUCUGGAGCUCUGUCAGAGUGACCAUCGGGUUCUUGGUCAUCUCCCUGACCAAGGCCCUUCUCCCCCGACUGCUCAGUUUGGCCGGACGGCCAGCUCUAGGAAGAUUCUUGGUGGUGCCAAACUUCUUCACUGUGUUCUUGGGGACCUUGAAUGCUGCAGAAAUGUUUUGGUACCCUUGCCCAGAUCUGUGCCUCGACACAAUCCUGUCUCGGAAAUCUACAGACAAUUCCUUCGACCCCAUGGCUUGGUUUUUGCUCUGACAUGCACUGUCAACUGUGGGACCUUAUAUAGACAGGUGUGUGCCUUUCUAAAUCAUGUCCAAUCAAUGGAAUUUACCACAGGUGGGCUCCAAUCAAGUUGUAGAAACAUCUCAAGGAUGAUCAAUGGAACAGGAUGCACCUGAGCUGAAUUUCGAGUCUCAUAGCAAAGUGUCUGAAUACUUAUGUAAAUAAGGUGUUUCUGUUUUGUUUUGUUUUUUAAUUCUAAAAACCUGUUUUCAUUUUGUCAUUAUGGGGUAUUGUGUGUAGAUUGAUGAGGAACAAAAUUAAUGUAAUCAAUUUUAGAAUAAGGCUGUAACGUAACAAAAUGUGGAAAAAGGGAAGGGGUCUGAAUACUUUCCUAAUGUACUGUACGUUUGAGCUGUGUUAUAAUGCUUUAUGUGUGUUUCAGUUUGAGGGGUAUUAUAAGACAUUGUUUACCUCUGUUUCAGUUUGUGGGUUGUAAUAAGGCCUACUCUUAGUAUGUGUCUUGUGUGUUUCAGUUUGAGCUGUGUUAUAAUGCUUUAUGUGUUGUUUCAGUUUGAGGGCUGUAAUAAGGCCUACUCUCGCCUGGAGAACCUGAAGACCCACCUGCGGUCUCAUACAGGGGAGAAGCCGUAUGUCUGUGAACACGAGGGAUGCAACAAAGCCUUCUCCAACGCCUCAGACAGAGCCAAGCACCAGAACCGCACACACUCCAAUGAGGUACACACUAUCAAUCAACCAAACAAUCAGACAAUCAAUCACACUAACUCGAACUGCUGACAUCAUCACUUGCUUAAAGGGAUUGUUCACUCAAAUUAUUGAUUUAAAUUGUUUUAUGAAUACUUAGUGAAUGAUCUAUCGAUUACGUUGAAAUCUAUGAUUUAUCUCACAGAUUUAUCUCUUGUUUUGACAUCAUGAGAGACUAUUUGAAAUACAGAUGGCAUAAGAAAUAACUUCAAAUAGUUACAAAUGUCUGACCUGAAUUCAAGUUUUGUUACCAUGUCCAAUCGUGUUGUGUCCUCCUGUCCCACUACAGAAGCCGUAUGUGUGUAAGAUCCCUGGGUGUACGAAACGCUACACAGACCCCAGCUCUCUGAGGAAGCACGUGAAGACAGUCCACGGCCCUGAGGCUCACAUCACUAAGAAGCACAGAGGAGACACUGGGCCCCGGCCGCCUGGCUCAUCACUGACCACUGGUGGACAGUCUGGUGAACUGGUGCUGGAGAAAGAGGAGGCUGGACACAGGGAGGACUGCAAACUGCUGGCGCCUGAAUCUGCUCUGGUGAGUUUAGACCAUUGGAGGCUCCUGAGGGGAGGAUGGCUCAUAAUAAUGGCAGGAACGGAGCGAAUGGAAUGGCAUCAAACACCUGGAAACCAUGCGUUUGAUGUAUUUGAUACUAUUCCGCUUCAGCCUUUACCACAAGCCCGUUCUCCCCAAUUAAGGUGCCACCAACCUCCUGUGGUUUAGACUGGAGAACUGAGAAUGAAAUCUUCUUCUUCUGACUCAACUCCUGCUCUCUGUGGUGUCCAUCUUCUAUAGAGUUCUUCCAAAUGUUUUAAGCUACAUGUAUUAAGCUACAUUAUCAUCUCUCUUUCUUCCAGAAGUCUCAGCCCAGUCCGGGUGGCCAGUCGUCCUGCAGUAGCGAGCGUUCUCCACUGGGGAGCACCAACAACAACGACAGUGGUGUGGAGAUGAACCUGAACGCAGCAGGGAGUCUGGAGGACCUGACCGCUCUGGAGGACGGAGGGGCGGGAGGAGGAGGGGAGGCGGGGGGAAGAGGGCAGGGCACGGCAGGGAUGGGGGGCAUGUCGGCUCAGGCCCUAAAGAGACUAGAGAACCUGAAGAUAGACAAGCUGAAACAGAUCAGACGGCCCACUCCACCCGGACGCUGUGGUAGGAGUAGCAAGCUACCAGCACUCACAGGUAUGUAAAGUCGCUUGUAGAUGAAAAACUAUGGUUGAACCAGUGAUUUUAAACCUGGUCCUCAUCUAUAGAGGACCAUUUACCUAAAAUCGGACCUGGGAGUAAGAUGCUUAGCUUGGAUUCAGUUCACAAUACUUAUGCUUUCCUCUUGAACAACCCUUGAAGAGUAAGGCCAACUCAAACUUAUGCACUGCAGUGCAUAGAUGAUAUCGAUUGAAGCAAAAAAUGACAUUCACUCUCAAAUUGUAGCAGUAUUUUCUGUGCCAGACAUUUAAUUUGAUGUUUCUCAUCCUGUCUUGUUUCUCCAGGUGGUCCAGGAGAGAUGAUGGGAGGGAUGUGUUCUCCCUCACCCAUCCUCUCCAACCGCCGUGUCAUGGAACUGUCCAAUCACGAGCUGGGGGGCGGACCCUCUGGCAUGGCCCUCCCUAUCAGUGACCGGAGGGGGAGUAGCACCAGCAGCCUGAGCUCUGCCUACACAGUGAGCCGUCGAUCUUCCAUGGUGUCCCCCUACCUCUCCAGCCGGCGCUCGAGCGAGGUCUCCCAGUUAGGAGUAGGAGGAGGUAAUAUUUUUGUUUUGUAACUUUGUCUUCUUUUAAUCAUUACAUGUUAUUUGUUUAACCAUGGUCCUCCAUGGCACUUUGGAAACAACUGUUUUCAUUAAUGUUUUUAAAGAGAUUCUCCGGUACUUUUGUAUACUUUUUAGCCAGUAGUUCUGAAAGUAGUGUUCCCGAGCCAAAAGUGGUCCCCCAAAAUUGUGUACUACAUCAUAUAUGUGCAGACAUACAGUACAAGUCGAAAGUUUGGACACACCUACUCAUUCAAGGGUCUUUCUUUCUUUUUACUAUUUUCUACAUUGUAGAAUAAUAGUGAAUACAUCAAAACUAUGAAAUAACACAUAUGGAAUCAUGCAGUAACCAAAAAAGUGUUAAACAAAUCAAAAUAUAUUUUAUAUUUGAGAAUCUUCAAAUAGCCACCGUUUGCCUUGAUGACCGCUUUGCACAGUCUUUUAUUACUUGUUAAACCAAAUAUAUAUAUAUUUUUCAAUUGUAUUAGUGUAAAAUAAUAUAUUUUCCCUUUUUUUGCAUACAAUAUAGCUCCGUAUUUGUAUUAUUUAUUUUAUACAGUCUUUUUUGCUCAUCUUUGUCCAAGGUGCCAAUAUAUAUUUUACCAAUCGAACGAUACAGCUGUGUUAGUAACUGCAUCAAACUACUUUUCUUCUCAACUUUUACAAACAACUGAAAUGUGGACCACUUUCCCAGCACUUUAGACAACAACUUAGGGGGUAUGACAUCUUGGUCUGCAUAUCUGCUAUUUAAAUCUGAAAUCAGAACAGAAAUAACUUCUACCAAUCAAGAGGUACAGCUGUUUUAGUAACUGCGUCCACUACAUUCAUUAAGCUAACUUCCCACUGUUGAAUUAACUUUCAUAGAACUGUAAGAAAAUUCCAAUUUUAGCACUUGGGGAGCACAUUCUAAACAUGAGACAAUGAGUUAACAUUGUGACCUUUGACACAAAUCAGCUACUUAUACCAUUUUCCCAACAAGCUAGGUAUGAAAUCUUAGUCUACUUCUCCGCUAUUCAAAUCUGGAAUCAGAAUAUAAAUAUAUUUUACCAAUCAAAUUAUAGCACUGGGGGACAGGGUUGGGUAGUAACGGAUUUCAUGUAACGGGGAUUAUGGAACCGAUUACAAAUAUGAACUAACUGUAAUCAGCUCUGAUUACUUUUUCAAAAUGUGUAAUCGGAUUACAGUUACAUUCUUAAAGACGUCUUCCAGCGAUUAUUUAAGUUUUACUGUUGAAAAGCCCAAAUAGUGUUUUUUAGACACAACUGCAGACUUCAAGGAGUAGGGCAUUCAAGGAGUUGGUCUGAUGGGAAUCUGUGAUGACUUGCUUGAGGAACAAUAGAGGAGCAAUAGAGAACAAAAGAGGAAAGGCCCACCCCCCCACUUGUGCUAUGUCAUGACUUACCUGGACCACCUAUUGAGAAGUAAAUCAGGUGUUAAAUUAGGUGAAAAGGAGACUGGAGUGCCACUUUAAAAACCGCUGAUUACAUUUGGGAUUACUUCAUCUAAUAUCAAAAGGGAAAAUGUAUAAAACUGUAAGCAUUGUUGUCAUUUAGCGCACCCUCUUCUCACAUGCUUAAAUAUUUUAUUGUUCUGCUGAUCACCCAUCAAGGGUUGAUAGCUUAUUUUGAAUUCAAACACAUUUAAUGAAUAGGCUUUCGAAACAUUUAACCUGGCCCACUGGUCAAUCAAACAGUCGUCUGGUCAUCUAAAAACACUGUCUUGAACACAACCACUGUUGUUACUGUAGUGGAGAAGAGGGCCAAGCUUUCUGUAGGUCUGAAUAUUAUGUAUCAACUCCUGUAGCUCAGUUGGUAGAGCAUGGCGCUUGCAACGCCAGGGUUGUGGGUUCGAUUCCCACGUGGGGCCAGUAUGAAAAAUGUAUGCACUCACUAACUGUAAGUCGCUCUGGAUAAGAGCAUCUGCUAAAUGACAAAAAAAACUAAUUUUUUAAUAAAUAUAUAUUUUUUAAACACGCCGGCCAUUCAAGGUGAGUGCAUUGGCCUAUUCAUUCAAUUUACUGAUAUCAAUUACGCUGCUAACUAUAAGUAGCCUAAAUAUUAGGCUAUAUUAUUUAGAGUAACUGAUCUAGCUAACCACUUCUUCAGGUGGUGAAUUAGCCCCAAAUGAAUUAGCCUAUGUGAUAUUAGUGCCCAGAAAAAUAGACAAAUGUAGACAAAUUAAUCUCUAUUGAACAAAAAAUUAAAUAAAUCGUGAACCCUAUUUUGGCAGUAAAAUAAUAGCAACAAAAUUCAUGACAAUCACUGGUUUAGGUUGCGCAUCAAGAUAUCUGGAAUCAUGCAUUCCUGUGUGGACUUGUUAGAUUAAACACUUAAUUUAUUGAAUCAUACCAUCAUAGUAUAGAACACUUCUUAAUGAAGAGCGUUGAAUUACUUUAUACUAUAAUUAUAUAGGUAUAAUUUAUACUAUAAUUUGGUCGCACCAAAUUUGACCAAAUCACUGAAAACGUUAGUAUGGAACCCUGUGACUAUAGAUGCGCAGACCGUUCCAUUGACCAGAUUGGCGCACAUUCAACAAAUCUUAUCUACCAAAGUCGAUACUCGUCAAAUCCGUCAAGAUGUAUUGUAACAGACCCACAAUGUGGUUACUUAAGUCUGAUUUGGAAAUACAGUGCAUUCGGAAAGUAUUCAGACCCCAUGACUUUUUCCACAUUUUGUUACAUUACAGCCUUAUUCUAAAAUUGAUUAAAUUGUUUUUUUCCCCUCAUCAAUCUACACACAAUACCCAAUAAUGACAAAGCAAAAACAGGUUUUCUGAUAUUUUUGCAAAUGUAUAAUUUAAAACUGAAAUAUUACAUUUACAUAAGUAUUCAGACACUUUACUCAGUACUUUGUUGAAGCACCUUUGGCAGCGAUUACAGAGUCUUCUUGGGUAUGACGCACACCUGUAUUUGGGGAGUUUCUCCCAUUCUUCUCUGCAGAUCCUCGCAAGCUCUGUCAGGUUGGAUGGGGAGCGUCGCUGCACAACUAUUUUCAGGUCUCUCCAGAGAUGUUAGAUCGGGUUCAAGUCUGGGCUCUGGCUUGGCCACUCAAGGACAUUCAUAGACUUGUCCCCAAGCCAGUCCUGCGUUAUUUUGGCUGUGUGCUUAGGGUCGUUGUCCUGUUGGAAGGUGAACCUUCGCCUCAGUCUGAGGUCCUGAGCACUCUGGAGCAGAUUGUCAUCAAGGAUCUCUCUGUACUUUGCUCCGUUCAUCUUUCCCUCGAUCCUGACUAGUCUCCCAGUCCCUGCCGCUGAAAAACAUCCCCACAGCAUGAUGCUGCCACCACCAUGCUUCACCGUAGGGAUGGUGCCAGGUUUCCUCCAGACGUGACGCUUGGCAUUCAGGCCAAAGAGUUCAAUCUUGGUUUCAUCAGACAAGAGAAUCUUGUUUCUCAUGGUCUGAGAGUCUUUAGGUGCCUUUUGGCAUACUCCAAGCGGGCUGUCAUGUGCCUUUUACUGAGAAGUGGCUUUAGUUUGGCCACUCUACCAUAAAGGUCUGAUUGGUGGAGUGCUGCAGAGAUGAUUGUCCUUCUGGAAGGUUCUCCCAUCUCCACAGAGGAACUCUGGAGCUCCAUCAGAGUGACCAUCGGGUUCUUGGUCACCUCCCUGACCAAGGCCCUUCUCCCCCGACUGCUCAGUUGGCUGGGCGGCCAGCUCUAGAAAGAGCCUUGGUGGUCCCAAACUUCUUCCAUUUAAGAAUGAUGGAGGCCACUGUGUUCUUGGGGACCUUGAAUGCUGCAGAAAUUGUUGGUACCCUUCUCCAGAUCUGUGCCUCAACACAAUACUGUCUCUGAGUUCUACGGACAAUUCCUUCGACCUCAUGGCUUGGUUUUUGUUCUGACAUGCACUGUCAACUGUGGACCUUAUAUAGACAGGUGCGUGCCUUUCCAAAUCAUGUCCAAUCAAUUGAAUUUACCAAAGGUGGACUCCAAUCAAGUUGUAGAAACAUCUCAAGGAUGAUCAAUGGAAACAGGAUGCACCUGAGCUCAAUUUCGAGUCUCAUAGCAAAGGUAUCUGUUUUUUCUUUCUUAAUGUGCAAACAUUUCUAAAAACCUGUUUUCGCUUUGUCAAUAUGGGGUAUUGUGUGUAGAUUGAUGAGGGAAAACAUUUUAUUUAAUCAAUUUUAGAAUAAGGCUGUAACGUAACAAAAUGUGGAAAAAGUCAAGGGGUCUGAAUACUUUCCAAAUGCACUGUAUCUAAAACAUUCACUAUUAGUACUGCAAAAUACUGAUGCUAGUACUUCUGGGCUACUUACUAAUAAUAAUACUACUACCUAGUCUCCCGCUGAAGGCUACUAUCAUUUAUUUAUAAAACACUCUACUACACCAGCCUCAAUUUUUCAACACUAACAAACUACUAAUCUUCUUCCACUAGAUGCACCAUCAUAUUUCUCUCCCCAAAUAAUAGCUUAAAACUUUUCUAAUUCCUUAUGAGUAAAAGUGUAGUUAUUUGUGAUGGAAUAUGUGAUCUAACUACCCCAUACUCCAAAGUAAUAAGGUUUAUAUAGUAGUCGAUCAACGUAAUCAGACCAGAUAUUUUAAUAUAUUAACCUUUGACUAUAUUUCACUGCUUCAGUAAAACAUUUUAAACUUUUAAAGAGCUGAAGCAAGUCCCACAAUGUUUCUUCAUGGAAAAUUACCUUCUAGUUUAGUUUAAAAACUAAAUUUCAAAUUCAAUUGAAGGGUUCCUGGGUCCUGAGCAGGGAGGAGGUGACCCCCUCUCCCCUGAGACCAGCCGCCGAAGAGGGCCCUGCCAUGGUGUUGGAUCGGGAGGAGGGUUGCCAGGUCUGCCUUGUCUAACACCCGCUCAGCAGUACAGCCUGAAGGCUAAGUAUGCAGCAGCAACUGGCGGCCCACCCCCUACCCCGCUGCCCAGUAUGGAACAGGGACCAGGGACACCCGGGAGACGAGGAGGGUUCCUCAGCGAGUACCAGGUACAGACUCUUCUUGUUAGUUUGGUUUUUAAUUAGUGUGGCUUGAGUUGCAAAAUUCUGGUAACUUUCUCAAAAUGUCCAGCUUUUCUGAAUUCUGGAAAACCUGGGAAUUUUUGGAAUUUUGCAACCCUUAAUAUGGCUAGUUUUGUAUUCUUUUGAAUAUCUUAUUCCUAAGUAUUUUUUUAGCAUUCUUUGCUUUUAUUUAUUUUAUUUUGGACAGCAACUUGAGUUGGCGGCAGGUAGCCUAGCGGUUAAGAGCGUUGGCCCAGUAACUGACAGGUGAAAAAUGUGUCUAUGUGCCCUUGAGCAAGGCACUUAACCCUAAUUGCUCCUGAUAAGAGCAUCUGCUAAAUGACUAAAAUGUAAAUGUAUGAAAUGUGCUAUACAAUUUAAGUGUAUCAUUAUUAUUAUUAUUAUCCCCAGGGUCAGCCGCUACCUACGUUCCUGCAGCAGGGGGGUCCGAGGAGACACAGUGCCAAAAUGGGGGAGUAUGGCACCGGGGUCAUCUACCCCCACCAAGCCCCAGGGAAUGCCACCCGGCGUGCCAGCGACCCCGUCCGCUCCACCGGCGACCCACAGGCCCUUCCCAAGGUUGUUGUUGUUGUUGGUAGUAGUAGUAGAUUAAAUUACUAAGACUGCUUUAUUGUUGUUGCUAGCUAUGUAUUUGAGUAUUUACACGUUCAAUAAAUGUUGAUUUGAUUUUGUUUCCCAAGGUGCAACGCUUCAACAGCCUGAACAAUGUGGCCAUGAUGGGCCGGAGGAACGCCCUGCAGCAUUGUGGGUCGGACGCCAACAUCGCCCGCCACAUGUACUCGCCGCGGCCACCCAGCAUCACAGAGAAUGUAAUGAUGGAGGCCAUGGCUAUGGACUCCCAUGGAGCAACCACGGAUGCCAGAAACCACUGCAUGAUGCUUCCUCCAAGAGAAAGAGGCUUCCUGGGCUACCAGUCCCACCACAUGGGGGGUCCCACCAGCCUGUUAUCACCCAGCCACGACAGCCUGGGUUGCCCAGAGCAGGGCUACCAGACACAGGGACAGAUGUUCAUGCAGGGUGGCCACUACCAGGGCACAUCCAGAGGACCAGGUCAGGGCCAGAUGGGGCAGGGGGGACCCAUUCACCCAGAGGGUAUGUCCAACAUCUUGCUGCGGCAGGCUGAGUACAGUAUGAGUACCUGCCAGCUUAGUCCCUCCGGACCACACUACCCCAGCCUGGACCAGGGCGGCCCCGAUGGAGGGACAGGGCCCUGGGUAGAGAGCAGCCAGGUCCAGACCACUCAUGGAGCUCUUCAGACGGGGAUGCAGUAUCAGGACCAGGGCUCUAUGCAGGGCCAGACACAGGGUCUCUACAGUAGCCAGCAGGGUCUGUACACCCAAGGGCCUGAUGGCGGACACAAACUGACCAUCAAACCAGAGCAGCAGCAGUACCACCCAGCCCUAGCCAACCCAGAUGCCUGCCAGAAGCAACUCCACCAACACCAGCAGCAGAGGCCCCAUCCAGGGCAGACACCCAUGCCCAUGCAACCCAUGUCCUCCCAGAGCGGUUACCCCCAGCAGGGGCAGCCUGGCCAGGGCAUGAUGAGGACCACCAACCCCAGCUGUGACUUCCAUGGAGGAGGCAUGGAGAACCAGAACCAGGCCUCCAUGCAGCAAGGGAAGAAGCAGGGUUCCUUCCCCCAAAGCGGAGGCAUCAGCCUGGGGUCGGCUGGGCUGGGUGCUGGGGGUCGCUCCCAGACGCCCAUGAUGCAGGUGAAGGAGAUGAUGGUGAGGAACUAUGUGCAGUCGCAGCAGGUUCUGAUGUGGGGUCAGGAGCAGGACCAGAGGGGGAUAGGAGUGGACGGGAAACCUCUUCCUCUGUCAGACAGCAUGGACAUGACAGGACAGCAGGUGACUUGUUUUCCCUCUCCCUUUUUCUUCUGCUCUUUGUUCCCCCUCUUUUGGUAAAGUGUUUUGUGAUGUUUUCAAGGACAUUUCCUGAAUAAAAUGUGUGUGCUUCUUUUGUCUUGAAGUAUUUAUGGUAGCACUUUAACUAAAUGUUGAUCUCAUUUUAUUUGAUUCAGGUGGCCAUGAUGCAGCAACAGCAGCAGCAUAGUCCCCAACACCAACAGAACCUCUACCCCAACCCAGGCUCCAGCUACCCUGGCUACCCCACCAACCAGAACCUGAUGAGCCCCCCAGCACACAACCGAGUCCCCAGCUCUAGCUCCUCCAUCCCCCCGACGGAGGUACCCAUGAUGGGCCUGCCUGGAGGCCCAGGGUCCUGCUACGGCCAGGACAUGGGGGCCCCUGUGGUCCCAAGACCCCCCCAGUGCCGGAAGCCCCUCAUCAGGCAGAAUAGUGUCCAGUCCCAGGAAGGUGGAGGGUACCUGGGCAGUCCUCCUCACCUCAGCCCAGUCCACUCUACCUCCAGCCCUAGGAGUGUGGUCCGUCUGCCCCCUGUCCAGAGCCAUCAGACCCACCAGGAGAUCUUCUCCCCCUCAAACAACAUCAACAACAACAUGUACUACUCUGGCCAGAUCCACAUGCAUCACCCUGACAUGGACAAGCAGCAGAUCAGCCACCCUCACCAGGAUCCAACCCAGACCGGGCCCUGCCUCGACCAGCACCAACACCAACAGCACCUGGUAACCCACAUGGAUCACCAGGGCAAUAAGUCUGCGUCCCUAGCCUACCUUCAUGAGUCGACCCCCAUCUCCAAUGCUCUGGAGAACCUAGAUCUGGACAACGCCCAGAUAGACUUUACCUCCAUCAUCGACGACCCAGACCCCUCGUCAUUCAGCCCCAUCAACCCUCCUCUCCAUGGGGGUUCAUCCCAGACCUCAUCCCGCCUCACCACCCCCCAGACAUCCAUCACCCUGCCCCCCUCUGGGCUCCCUAACAUGGCUGUAGGAGACAUGACCUCCAUGUUGACCUCUCUGGCCGGAGAGAACAAGUACCUUAAUACACUGUCUUAG